AUGGCCUGCUGGGGUAUGGUUUUCAAUUCUUUUCAUGAGUUGGAAGGCAUUUACUUGGACCACAUGAAGCAGACAUAUUUUGGCAACAAAUAUUUAUGGGCUGUGGGCCCGAUAUCACAGUCCGGGCCAACAGAGAGAGGUGGGGCCAACUCUGAGGAAUCCGGUGAUAUUUUUUCUUGGCUAGAUACGUGUGAUGAUCACAGUGUUGUGUAUGUUUGUUUUGGUAGUCAAGCAGUACUGGAUAAUCGUCAGAUGGAAGCUCUAGCCGUUGGAUUGGGAAAAAGUGGGGUCAGGUUUCUAUGGUGUGUAAAGGAACCGACUGUUGGACACGCGUCAGGCAAAUAUGGGAUGGUACCAUCAUGGUUUGAAGAUCGAACGGCUGGCAGAGGAUUAGUCGUGAGAGGAUGGGCGCCACAGGUGCAGAUAUUGCAACACAAGGCAAUUGGAUCGUUCUUGACUCACUGUAGUUGGAACUCGGUGUCGGAAUCCAUUGGCGCUGGAGUACCCAUGCUUGCUUGGCCGAUGGGUGCCGAUCAAUUCAUGAAUGCGACAUUGCUAGUGGAUCAGGUGAAAGUUGCUGUUCAAGUUUGCGAAGGUGCGAAAAAAAUUCCAAAUGCAGAUGAGUUAGCUCAGCGUAUGGCUGAAUCAGUAGCUACAGGUGGUAGUACUUGCAGGAACGAAAUGAGGAUGAAGGCCAUGGAACUGAAGCAAGCCGCUACGGACGCAGUUAGUGAAGAAAAUGGAGGCGAGAGUUCGUCCAAAGACUUGGAUGAUUUGGUGCAGCGUCUUUUAUCUAACCAGUAA